AUGCGAUUUUUUGUGAUAUUUGCGAUUAUUGAUUGGUUUUGGAUUGGUUAUGUUGGAGGAUUUGAUGUGCCGUGUUCACGUGAGUUUUUGGGUUUUUGGAACUUCAAAAUUUGAUCUGCCUGAAAAACGAUCAUAGUUUUUCAGUAAUAAAUUUCUGAUUGCUUCAAAAAAUAGGGUAUCUUUGGGAUUAUGAACUUCAAAUAACUGUUAUUACAUGAGAAGAUCUUGAAAUUUCAUAUCAGUUCUUCAAAAUUUCAGCACAAAAUCUAGAAUUUUUCUGAAUUUUUUUCUCUUAAUAUGGACACAAAGGGACAAACAUGAAUUUUAAAAUUUCACAAUUAAAAUACUUUUAAUUAUAUUUUUCCAAAAAAAAAGACACAUUUCUCGAUUUUCACAGAAAUCUAGUUUCAAUUUCAAUUUUCAGAAAAACUAAUCGGCAGCGAUUGUGCGUUUGAUGAAGAAUGUUAUGGUAUGAAUUCAGUAUGUCGAAACAAUCGAUGUACUUGUCCAACAAAUUUCGAAGAAUUCGAUAUAGAUGAGCGAACAACAAUUUGUCGAUUAGGUUCGUUUUUUUUCAUUAGCUUCAUUACAAAAAUAUAAUGAGUCAUCAAGCUAAUUUGGAACCAGUUUAGCACCUGCCAAGAUAGGAGAUUCAUGCCAAAGAGAUUGUAAACCGCCGUUGUUAUGUCGUGAUGGAAAAUGCGAAUGUUGGGGUGGAAGUAUUGUUGAUGGCAAAUGUGUUGUUCGUGAGUAAAUGGUUUGAGUGGGAAAAGUGAAUUUAAUCCCGUUUGAAAAAUUUGGAACUCUAGAUUUUUUGAAUUGGCAGAAAACAAUAAAAGAACGUUUAAAAAUUGGAUUUUUUUCUAAAUUUUGAACGAGAAUUUAUGAAAAUUUAUGUAAAAAAAAUUGUGAACGUGUUUCUAAAAAAAUAAAUAUUUUCCAGAAAUUUCAAAAUUUCAGAUUCUUUUGAAGUUCAAAAAAAAUUAUUUCUGCAUUUUUCCCUCUAACAAUUGUUAUGUAUUUCAAAAGAAUUUGAAAUUUUCAUUUUGAAAAUCGCAGUUCAAAAAUUUUGAGAAAGUUUUCAGUGUUACGACAUUUUCAGAUCGCUAAAACCUAGUAUUUAAUUUUAAGUGUGAAAUAUUAAACUUGAAUCUGACUCAAUUUAAAAAAAUUGAGAAAAAAACGUGUUAAAACAAAUAGAAAACGUGUUUAAAAAAUUAAUAGUUCAGAAAUUUUAAAAUGUUAGAUUCUUUUUGAAGUCCAAAAAAUAUCUGUCACUCUGUAUUUUUUAAAUACAGAGUGACAGAAAUUCAAAAAUCUUCAAAGAAAUCCCAAAAAAAAAUCAAUAUUUUCAGCCUGCCCCGCUGGUCAACAACUCUAUGGUGUAGAAUGCACCAGAGUUGCACACUAUAUGCAACCGUGUGAAAAAGACAGUCAGUAAGUAAAACUUUUUCAAAGUCAAAACAAAACACUUUUUUAUUUUCACAUAAAAUUAUUCCAGAUGCGUAGAUCCAUUCAAUUCCUGUAUCGCUGGAACUUGUCAAUGUGCUCCAGGAACAACAAGAGAUACAACUCGAGGAUUUUGUUAUGCUGGUUAGUUCCCUCAAAUCUCGCUAAUCCUUUUUCUUUGUCGAACAAUGUCACAAAAUAUUUGAUUAAUUACAAUUUAAUUCGAGUCAACCAAAUGACACAAAAAGGAGAGAGAACGAGCGAGAGAAAAAUUAGCAUAAAUUGCCCGAUUUUGUUGCAGUUUGUCCAGACGGCAUGCAUCCACGUCAAACGUGUCGGCGUCUUUUCAUCAACGAUAUCGACAUGCUUGAAAACGCGGCGAACACAGACAGUUGUCCGUUGGGUUAUCGAUGUGUGACGUAUGGUAGUCCCUAUGUGGGACAUUGUUGUCGUUUGAGAUGUCCAUAUGGUGAGCCGGAUUUGAGCCAAUCUUGCGAUGCUGGAGCAUCGCCUGAUGCCAAAUGUCGGCCACUUACACACUUUUGUUUCACGAUUACUGAACCAGGGUGGGUUUUUGGAUUUUUCAAAUGUUUCUCGGAAAAAUGUUAUUGAACAUUCAGAAAAUAAAUCACAAUUUUCAGAUUUUUUUUUCGUAAGAAUUAUAUAUGUUUUGAAAAACAGUGUUUGAAAAUAAAUUUUCAUAGAACUGUUUUGAAUCCUGAAAAUAUUUUAAUUUUUUCUGGAUACACGUGGGUUUUGGAAUUUAAUUUAAAAAUAAUAUUAAUUUUUUUGUUUGGUUUUUUUCUAAAUCGAAUCUGAAAAAAGCACUUCGAAUGUUUUUCCAGAAGUUUUUUCAGAAUUUUCAAAUUUCGAAAGUUUUUUGAAUCUUUAAAAGAAAUCUGUGUCGAAAAUCAAGCACAAAACGCAAUAUUUUGAUUUUCUGGAAGUUGACUUUUUCCAAAUUCUCUAGAGAGUUAUCUAUUUUCAGAUUCUCAAGAAUCAAAAGUUCAAGUAUUUUUUGAAAAACAUUGCUUAACUUUAUUUAAUUUUUAUACUUUUCAUUAUCUAAUUAAAUAUUCUUCUAGCCAUUCUGUUUCAGAUGGAAAUCUUCUCUCUGCUGUCCUCGACCAUGUCGGGAUCCCACUCCACUCUACGUGAAUGGCCAGUGUUUAUCGAUUGCUCAUCGUGGAGAUCCGUGUCAAAUUGAUCAACAAUGUGAAGGUGGAAUCACAAUGUCUUGUGCACUUGGAACCUGUCAAUGCAAGUUAGGAUAUCAUGAGGUUUGACUUUUUCAGGCUUCUUAAGAUCCAUAGGCUUAGGCUUUUUAGUGGAACCCAUUUAAAACCCCAGCAUAAGAGAGAAAAAAUCCGUUUUUUGAAAUUGGAAACCCCUGAUUUCGCAACAUUUUAUUUCAACACCCUGUACUUAACCCUCUAAACAAUCCAAUUUUUCCCAAUCCAAUUAUUUUUUUUUCCUUUGUUCAGAACAAUGAUGAUCGUUUCCCCACCUGCACCAAAGAUUGUACUUUGGAAGAAGUUGCGAGUACCGACAGAUGUUUAGCAAAGGUUUGCCAUUUUUUUUGUUGGAAAAUCUUAUCUAUUCAAAAAAAAAUUUUUUUUCAAGGUCCAACUUGGUCACAGAUGUUAUUCAAAUAAACAAUGUCCCGGUUUUGCUGAAUGCCGAUUUGGAACAUGUCAAUGUUUGUGUGGAUAUAAAAAAGUGAAGGUAAAAGGGGGAAAAUGUGCAUUUUUUAGUAGUGGAGAAAAAAGAGCUGAUUUGAAAUUCAUGAAGGGUGUUCGCUGCAGGUUGAUGAAUGCUUAGAAAAUCAAGGAGAUCAAAUGAAAAGAAAUGGGAAAGGCUAAGGUUUUCAGACAAGACAUGUAAAUUAAGAGAAUAUUUGCAUUCGUUUCAGUGAGAGAUCAAAAUCGAGCACGGUGUUUCACAGUUUUUAAAAACUUUGAACUUGUUUUAGUAAUGUUGGAAAUUGUUUAUACCUGAAUAAAUUUAGCAUAAGUCUUCCCGAACCCCUCAAAUUUUUGAAAAAAUAUCUUUAUUCCCUUUUUCUUCUUACAAAAUUUUUUUCAUUUUUUUAGAUGUGGAAUAUUUCGAAAUCCCCAUAUCAAAUAAAAAAAAAACAAUGAAUUUAAUUUGAAAAUUGUUUUUCUGACUCAUAUUAUUUUUCAUCAACCAAAAAAAAAUCCCAUAUUAUUUUUUUCAGGAUAACUUGCUGGGAUUACGAUGCACAAAUCCCGAUGAUCCGCUCAGCUUAUCAACAAUCUUAGACGGCGUCGGACAAUUCUUCGGAAAUCGUCGCGGUUCAACAAAAAAAUGA